AUGGAUCCAAAAUCAAUAUCCACUUUAACUGACCAGCAGGAUUCAAUUGGUUCAGAGAUCGACAGAAUCAUUCGCAACUUCAAGAAGAACUCACCCAGCAGGAAAACACGUCAAUAUCUCGAAGAUCGUAAAACAACUUUAGAACAGUUAUUAGCUGACUUCAAGGCUAAUGAUGAGCAACUACAACAAGCCGAUGUACUAGCAAGAACAUCGGAAUAUUCCACACAAGAUUACGGCAUGGUAAUCAUAAAUUUGGGUAACAAAUAUAUCACCACAAUAACUCAAGAGCUGGAAGCAUUACCCAUUAAGGCUCAACCAUCAACAAUAAAGGGGUUGGACCUUCAGAUAUAUAAUGAUGUUGAAGCUCCUGAAAUAGUAUUACCUACUGGUGGUCAAGAGAAUGAAAUUAUUCAGGCAUUAGUCAACAGACGAAAUGCAGUGUGUAAAUCAAUCAAUCGUCUCAUCCACAAUGUGAGACAAGAUAACCAGCAACAGGUACCACAAUAUUUUGCAGUAAAAUUAGCUACGCUUACCAAGUUAUGGGAUCAGGCUGAAGGUUUAAAUUUUACUAUUCAGGAACGGCAAGACAACCCUCCUGAUUGCAAUUAUUAUCUAGCACUGGAACAGUUGGUGCAAGAUACAAUGGUGGAAUGGACUAGUAAGUCGACCAAGAUUGAGACAUCAAUUAGGUCAACUUAUCAACCAUCGGCUACUUUGCCAACAAUAUCUCUUCCAAAGUUCAGUGGAGAUUAUUUGAGUUGGCGACAAUUCAGUGAUCUGUUUGCACAACUGAUACACAAUCAAGGAAUAUCAGACUCACAGAAACUCUGGUAUUUGAAAACCAAUAUUCAAGGCGAAGCUGAAGCACUCAUCAAGCAUUUGCAAAUAUCAGAUGCAAAUUAUGAGACGGCAUGGCAAUUACUACAAAGUAGAUAUGAGAAUAAAAGAGUUCUAGUAUCAGCAGUUUUGCAACGUUUGACAGCUCAAAACUCUUUAUAUGACCAUCCAACAGUCCAAGCCAUCAAAAAUAUGCAUGACACAACAAAGGAAAGUCUAUGUGAACUUCAUAAUUUAAAUAUUGAAACAUCAACUUGGGAUCCAAUUUUAGUUCACAUACUAUUAAAAAAGUUGGAUAAAAAUACACAUUGCAGUUUUGAACAAACUCUUACUAACCCAAGGGAGAUGCCCACAAUAAAACAAUUCUUAGAAUUUUUAGAAUUGAAAUUUCAGUCACUUGAGGCUAUAGGUCUACGAGACAAUGCAGUAUUUAAACCCAACAAAAGGAUAGCCGUAACUAUGGUUUGUUCAGAUCUAUGUAAAGUUUGUAAUACAGAUAAACAUCCGAUCUACUAUUGCAAAAAAUUUAUUGAAAUGACUCCUCCUGAACGAUUAAAUUGGAUUCAACGACAAAAACUAUGUGUGAAUUGUUUCAAAUCCGAUCAUAAAGCAAAGGUUUGUGAAGCUGGAUCAUGUAAAAAAUGUGCCAAGAAGCAUAACACUUUGCUUCAUUUAGAGCAACAGUCACCUAAACCUUCAAGGGCACCAGCAACAAACACAAAGUCUACCAGAACAUUGAUCAACGCUAAUGAAUCGCCAUCCAUUACAGCAACAACUAAUGCAAAGUGUACUCGUAAUUACGUUCUGCUAGCCACUGCAAAGGUGCGCAUUAUUGCAAACAAUGGACGAACGUGUGAUGUUCGUGCCAUACUCGACUCAGGUUCUCAAGUGAACCUAGUAACCCAAAGAGUAAUCAACAAGUUAUCUUUAAUUACCACAAAUUCAAAUCUAUCGAUCGAAGGUAUUGGCCGUCAAUUCGGGAACUCAAAAUCCCGCGUAAAUGUUGAACUGCAGGCUACUAAUGGAAGCUUCCGGACGAGACUAGAGGCAUUUGUAUUGCCACAAAUAAUAUCAGCACAACCGUCACGAGACCUAGAUAUCUCGGAUUGGCAGUUCCCACAGAAUGUAGAAUUAGCAGACCCCAGCUUUAACAGAUCUGGAAGAAUUGACAUGCUGAUUGGUGCUGAAUUCUAUCAUACUCUACUUCAACCAGAACAAUUGACAAUAGGAAAGAAUUCGCCACUGUUACAAAAUUCGGUUCUAGGUUGGUUGGUGGUUGGUAAGACUAAAACUACAACAGAUAUUAAACCAACAUGCGCUAUUACUACAGGAGAGGUUGGUGAAAUGUCAGAAACGAUUUUGGAAACAAAUCACGAUGGUCGUUUCAUUGUACGCUUACCUUUCCGCGAUGAUCCCACAACACUUGGUAGAUCGCGUGAGAUAGCAUUCAAUCGAUUUUGUUCUCUGGAAAGGAAGUUACAAAGGCACCCAAAUUUAUACAAGGAGUACAUAAAAUUCAUGGAUGACUACGAGUCAUUAGGUCACAUGGAAAAAGUUUGCCCGAAAGAUGUCAAGGGAGCACAAUAUUUCAAUCCUCAUCAUUGUGUCUUAAAACCUGACAGCACUACAACCAAAUUGAGAGUUGUCUUUGAUGCAUCAGCAAAAACAUCAAGCGGUUUAGCACUAAACGAUAUUUUGCACAAAGGUCCAACAGUGCAAAGUGAUCUUUUUUCAAUAUUGUUGCGUUUUAGAAUACACCGGUUUGUAUUUACGGCUGAUAUUGAGAAAAUCUACCGGCAAAUUCAAGUACAUGAUGAAGAUACAGCACAGCAGCUGAUAAUCUGGAGAAAAAGUGCUGAUGAUAGUAUACAAUAUUACCGACUGAAAACGGUUACAUAUGGAACGAAGUCAGCCCCUUAUCUUGCAACAAAAUGUCUUCAACACCUUGCGAAACAUAAUAUGACCAACUAUCCGCUUGGAGCACCUGCAUUACUUAAUGAUUUUUAUGUAGAUGACUGUUUAAGCGGAACUAACAGCAUCAUUACCGCCUUAGACACUCAACAACAACUUAUGAAACUGCUCAGUAAAUCAGGAUUUAAACUGAGAAAAUGGUGCUCAAAUAAUACACGACUCCUACAAAACAUUCCGAUAGAAGACCAAGAAAUCAACCUUGAUUUAGAUGACUCAGCCAUAAAGCCAACAAAAACAUUAGGCAUUAUUUGGCUCCCGAAAUCAGACGAAUUUUGCGGUAAGGCAGAGAUGUCAUCAGAACAACCUAUCACGAAGCGGAUUGUGGCAUCGGACUUAGCUCGAAUUUUUGAUCCUUUGGGAAUUUUUGGCCCCAUUACUGUAACAGCUAAAAUAUUCAUGCAGGAAUUGUGGCAACAAAACUAUUCCUGGGAUGCGGAACUGUUACCUCAGGCUCAGCUAGAAUGGAAGCGUUUUAGAAAUGACUUACAAACAUUAAAUACUGUCAAAGUACCCAGACAUAUUUUUAAUUCAACGGUUACCUGUUCGAUUCAAUUACACGUGUUUACGGAUGCAUCAGAGAAGGCAUAUGGAGCAGCUAUGUACGUGCGAGCAAUAUAUAAUGAUAAGACAAUAACAUCGAGACUAUUGUGCGCCAAAUCUAGAAUAGCACCAUUAAAGAAACAGACACUUCCACGACUAGAACUCUGCGCAGCAUUGCUGGGAGUCGAAUUAGCAGAAAGAGUUAAACAAGAUUUAAAGUAUCAAAACGUGCCAACCUACUUUUGGUCCGAUUCCAAAAUUGUUUUGUCAUGGAUAAUAUCUUCAUCUGCCUCAUUGCACACAUUCAUAGCAAAUCGUAUUAGCAAAAUUCAAGAGAUGUCACAUGCUGAUCAAUGGCAUCAUGUGGCGUCAAAGGAUAAUCCUGCUGACAUCAUUUCCAGAGGAAUAAAAGUUAAAAUGUUCAAUUAUUCACAUAUAUGGUUUUUUGGUCCACUCUUCCUUCAUGGACGCAACGAAUUUUGGCAACAGCCAAACCUAAAGGCAUUUAACAUCUCAACUGAUAUCGAAAGACGACAAGGACAUACAGUUAACAUUAUCAUUCAAACGACUGGUUCUGAUCACAUGAUAAAUCAAAUUGAUCAUCGAUUCAGAUACCUCCAAAGAACAAUUGCUUAUGUUCGCCGUGUAUUUCAUCGCACACAAUCACCAACAAGAACACUUUCUCCAAAAGAAUUACGAGAUGCAUUAGUCUUCAUAAUUAAAACUAUUCAGGGCUCAGAAUUUGCAAAGGAAAUCUCUGAUUUAAAACAAUGUAAAGCAGUCAACAGUUCGAGUCAACUAAAUACUUUAGCACCGUUCAUUGACAAACAAGGUGUACUUCGUGUUGGAGGAAGGCUUGAAGCAUCAACAUUGCCAUAUGAUGCUAAACACCCAAUGGGACUUAUUAGCAGUCCAGAUUCCUAUCAACAUCAAUGGGAAUCCCAGAAGCAUCGUCUUAGCAACUGA